UGGCACGCAACCCCGCGCCAAUCAAUAUCCAGCUAUAUAGGGUGUGUGCGCAUUCACUUGCCGAGGGAAUUUAGGCGAGUCUCGAUCUUCCAGUAGGAACCCGACCACCAACCACACCUCGUUGAAGCCUGGAAUCUCGAUACUCGGAGAGGCAUUACGAUUCAGGACUAGGAACUCGAUCGAAGGAUGGAAGUUAAAGGGCGAGUUGCCCUGGUAACGGGGGCUGCUUCCGGUAUCGGAAAAACUUACGCCAUCGAGUUGUUGAAUCAGGGAGCCAAGGUAUCGAUUUGUGAUAUAAACAGUACGGAAGGCGAGAAACUGGCUGACGAACUGACCGUGAAAUACGGAAAAGAUCGAGUAAUAUUCUCCCAAUGCGAUGUCACAGAUUAUCCACAAUUUGAAGCGUCGUUUCAAACAACAAUCGCUGCUUUUGGACAUAUCGACAUAGUCAUCAAUAAUGCCGGUAUAAUGAAUGAUCGAUUCUGGGAACUCGAAGUCGACAUCAAUCUUAACGGUGUGAUACGUGGCACUCUCUUGGCUCAACGAUUUAUGGGUACGGAUAAAGGUGGACAGGGCGGUAUAGUUGUAAAUACCGGAAGUAAUAUCAGUAUCAACCCCUACGUCAGCGUGCCCAUCUAUUCGGCUACAAAGGCGGCAAUCGUUAGUCUUACCAGAGCAUUUGGGGAUCAGUAUCACGUGGAGCUAACGGGCGUCAAAGUGAUGGCACUUUGUCCAAGCGCCACGGACAGUAAUUUGGUGACAGAUGUUGGCAAACAGUUACUUUCGCCACGAUAUCAAGACGCCUGGAGUCGAGACACUGCUUCUUCUGUUCCGCAAAAAGCGGAGCACGUUGCCAAAGCGUUGAUUCAUAUUUUGAGUAUGGGCAAAAGCGGAAGCAUUUGGAUGGUCGAGAACGGUGAACCACCUCGCGAAGUGAACUUUCCAAAAUAUUAAAUAAUUUACUUAAGAGAGAAUAAUAAAAAGAUAAGUUUCAACGCGUCCGUCUUGCACGACACGUGAUUCUUCCUCGCUUUGACCACAAGAUAACUAUGCCGUACCAUAAUAUUACGUAUAAUAUUGUAUCGAUUUUAUAGUCGAACACUGCCGAAAUCGUAAGUUCUCGAUCGAACUCUGUGACGAUCACGCUCAGGAUCACGAUUACGAUAUGGUCGAUUGAUGUUCACUCGAUCAUCAUGUCGAGAAUCGAUCUGUCGACAUUUUGUACGUUUUUACUCGUUCAACAGACCUGUAAGUAGCACCACUCCGAUAAAAUUAGCACGCUAGAAUCGCGUCGAUCGCUUGAUCAUUAACGGAUACGUCCGUUGAUCAUUUGCUUUUCAAAAUGGGAAGGUGUGUGUGUGUGUGUGUGUGUGUGCGUGCGUGUGCGUGUGAGAAGGAAAAAAAGAAAGCGAUUGAUAAAGGAAGUAUAUACUCGUAAAAUAAGUAAAUAGGUACUACUCGUCCAUCGAGCGUUGCCGAAGAUAAAAACAUAAAGUAAUAAGAAAGCGUUAAAUAUAUAUGACAUUUUUCUAUGUAUUUUUGCGCCAGAAUAAAAGACAGCAAAUUUGAAUAAAGGAUUGGGCCAAUUAGCGAGGCCUGACAAAUAAAACUCACAAA